CUGCAGGAAGCCUCUUUCCUGGUUGGUCUGGAAGAAACCGUCCCGCGCGCUGCGCGGACAUAUAAAGGAGGGUUUUGGCUGCCGGGGCCACAUUUUCUUUGAGUCUUUACUCUAGAAAGAUCACACGAUGUCUGGAAGAGGUAAAACCGGAGGCAAAGCCAGAGCAAAGGCAAAGACUCGCUCCUCCCGCGCCGGGCUGCAGUUCCCCGUCGGCCGUGUCCACAGGCUGCUGCGGAAAGGAAACUACGCGGAGCGCGUCGGUGCCGGAGCCCCCGUGUACCUGGCGGCGGUGCUGGAGUACCUGACCGCUGAGAUCCUGGAGCUGGCCGGAAACGCCGCCCGCGACAACAAGAAGACCAGGAUCAUCCCCCGUCACCUGCAGCUGGCCGUCCGCAACGACGAGGAGCUCAACAAGCUGCUGGGCGGAGUCACCAUCGCUCAGGGCGGCGUGCUGCCCAACAUCCAGGCGGUCCUGCUGCCCAAGAAGACCGAGAAGCCCGCCAAGAAGUAAACAACAACAACCACAAACGACACAACGGCUCUUUUAAGAGCCACACAUCUCAAACUGAAGACACACUUCCUGCUGUAAUUUAUAAUUUGACUAAAGCGUUUCUGUAGCAGGACUUCUCCUCCAAAGAUUCCCUUAAUAAUCUCAUUCCUUAACUCUAAAAAGAACACAAAUGUGAAUUGGGAUAAAUAACAUGACCCCA